AUGGCGUUCACGAUGCACUCGCACUCGGGGCAGUUCUGCGGCCAUGCAGUCGAUCGGCUGGAGGAGGUAGUGCAGCAAGCCAUUGUGCUGGGCUUCCGCACGCUCGGCAUGAGCGAGCACAUGCCGCGAGUACACGUGGAGGAUCUGUAUCCGGAAGAGAAAGGCGAGGACCUGCAGGCGUCUCUGGUAGCGCUGGACCGGCUCUUUGAGGACUACGUAUGCGAGGCGCUGCGUCUGCGCGAGGCGUACGCGGACCGGAUCACGAUCCUGGUCGGCUUUGAGGCAGAGUGGAUCCACGGGGCAGCGGACGACGGGGUGCGCGUGCAGGCGCUGGCGGCGCGGCCGGAGCUGGACUACUUUGUAGGGUCAGUGCACCACGUCGGGGCAGACGGCGUGCCGAUCGACUACGACAAGGCGUCGUAUGCGCGGGCCGUCAAGACGAGUCAGCAAAAGGCGCUGUCUGUGGAUAGCCUCUCGGCCGAGGUCAAGGCGAAGGUCGUAGCCGAUCCCGAGGCCGCCCUCUACCUGGACUACUACGACCAGCAGCUGGCGAUGCUACAGGCGCUGCGGCCACGCGUGGUCGGGCACUUUGACCUCGUGCGGCUGCUCAGCGCCGAUCCGGCGCGCGACUGCCGUGCGGCCUGGGGCGGCGCCGUGUGGCCGGCGAUCGAGCGCAAUCUGCGGGCGGUGGCGGCGGCUGGCGGCUGGCUCGAGUGCAACACGUCGGCGCUGCGCAAGGGCCUGGAAGAGCCGUACCCGGCGCGGCCCAUCGCUGAGGCCUGGCUGCGCAUGGGCGGUCGCUUCACCAUGUCGGACGACAGCCACGGCAUUGGUCACGUGGCCACCAACUAUCGGCGCGGCUUGGCCUACCUCGCCAGCCUGGGCGUGACAGAGGUUUGGACGCUGGCGCGGGUCGCGUCCGGCGGCGGGCUCGUGGAGAAGAGCGUGUCGCUGAACGAGUUCGCGGCCAGUCUGAAGGUGCCGGAAGAAGUCGAGAAAACGAUGGCAGACUCGACGGCAGCAGAAGUGCUGGUCCCCAAGUUUCAAUACGAGCGGACGCUGAACCAAGACCAGGCCGGUCGCCGUACGACUUUGUACGGUGCUAUAGACGGGCAGCCGGCACUUCUGACGCUGGAGCGGGCGCCAUUUCCGACCGCGCCCGAGUACCUAGGGUCUGUGGCCGGCAGCCUGGGCUGGCUCAAGAACCUGGGCGCCAACGACGUCUACUUUUGGUAUCUGGCGGGGGAGAGAGCGCCUGAGGAGGCAACAGAGACAGCAGGAGAAACAGGGACAGCUGCGGCCUCGUUCGGCGCCGCCACCCCCUCGCUCAAGAUUAAUCUCAUCUGGCCCUGCACGGCACAGCACGUGAAAAAGUACAGCCGACAGGGCGUGCGACUGGUGACGGAGACGGCGGCGCUGUACCGCGACCGCGUGCGGCCGUUUGUGCAGGCGCAGCGCGACGCCGGCCGGCUCGGCUGGGUCUUCAACAUCAUCGAGGGUCGUCGUGAGGCUGAGGACGUGAUCUAUCGCACGCCCUACGGGGCCCAGCCGCUCGAGGGCUUCCUGCUGCUGCCCGACCUCAACUGGGACCGCCGCACGGUCGAGGCCCUGCAUCUGCUCGCCAUCGUCGAGCGCCGCGAUCUCUGGAGCCUGCGCGACCUGCGCAAGCACCACGUGCCCUGGCUGCGCCGCAUGCGUGCCUGCCUGGUGGAUGCCGCCGUCGGCGUCUACGCCGGCCUCGAGCCCGACCAGCUCAAGCUCUAUGUCCACUACCAGCCGACUUACUACCAUUUUCACAUCCACAUCGUCCACGUCCAGCUCGAGGCCGGCGCCACCCAGGCCCUUGGCAAGGCUAUCAGCCUCAACAGUAUCAUCGAGCAGCUCGACCAUAUGGCCGGUGGCCCCGACGCCGGCAUGGACGCCCUCACGCUGACCUACACCCUCGGCGAGGCCAGCGAACUCUGGACCACCGUCUUCGGGCCGCUCAAGGCAGAGAGCCCAGAGUAG